AUGGUGACUGCUUCGCAGCUUCAGUUGCUUCAAUCUCCAAUUACGGCCCUUAUUUCCUCCAUUUCUACAUCUGUUAAUGUCAAGCUGGAUGAUUCGAACUACCUCAAUUGGAACUUUCAGAUGCAACUUUUGUUUGAAAGCAAUGGAAUCAUGGGGUAUGUUGAUGGUUCGAUUCCUUGUCCAUCUCAACACGGUUCGACCUCUGAUGAAUCUGGUAUCAUUUCUUCUUCUCCAACUGAUGAAUAUAUGGUAUGGAAAAUGCAUGACAGAGCUAUUAUGCAAUUGAUCACUACAACAUUAUCACCUAUUGCUAUGUCUUGUGCGAUUGGUAGCACUAGCUCCAAGGAUCUGUGGAUUAGGCUAAAGGAACAAUUUUCCACUGUAUCUCGGACUAGCAUUUUUCAGAUGAAAUCUAAUUUGCAAACAAUUAAGAAGGGUUCUGAUUCGAUAUCUCAGUAUCUUCAUCGCAUUAAAGAAGCUAGGGACUAUCUUUCUGCUGCUGGGGUGUACUUUGCGGAUGAAGACAUUGUCAUUCUUGCCUUGAAUGGACUACCUGCUGAGUAUAACACCUUCAGAUGUGUUAUACGGGGGCGUGAAAGUGUGAUUUCUCUAAAAGAUUUUCGCUCACAGUUACUUGCAGAGGAAACCAUUGUUGAACAUUCGGUUAAUACUCCUCUUAUGACAGCUAUGGUUGCUAAUACAGGUUCCACUUACACAAAAGGGCCUCCUUUUCAGCCUCAGAGUUUCUCCCCGACUCAUGGUCCAUCUCAGGUGGCCACUAGAGGUUUUACACCUUAUAAUGGGAACAAGAACAAGGGUAAAGGCAGAUUCACUCAGGGAUCUAGAUUUUAUCAUUCUAGACCAGUGUUUUCCCCUAUGGCACAUAUGCUUCCCAACUCUACUCUUGGAGUUCUUGGUCAAUCACCUGGUCAACAGUUUGGCAUUCCUUCUGCACCCAUGAUUCAAAUCUGUCAAUUAUGCAACUCUGAGGGACACACUGCUCCAUUCUGUGGGGCUUCUCAUGAGAAAACCAAAUGUCACAUCUGUGGUAGAAGUAAUCAUACCACCUGGUAUUGCUUCUAUAAUGAUAAGGGUCCAAACUAUAUUGGGAUGCAUACCACUGCUUCAUAUUCUUCACGGUCAUCCUAUCCUGUGCAACCACAGAAUUUGCAAUACACUUCAUAUCAAGCUCCUCCUCAGCAUUCCUCAUUCACACCUUCACAGUUUCCGGCUCCGCAACCUUCUAUGCAAGCCAUGCACACAGUGCUCAAUUCUGCAUCUCAAUCAUCCAAUUCUUCAGGUUCUUCUCCGGUAUGGCUCACUGAUUCCGGUGCCACCAAUCAUAUGACAGCUGAUUUGACUAAUCUGUCACUGGCCUCCCCGUAUCCCACAAAUGAAACAAUUCACACUGCAAAUGGUGAAGGUUUGAAAGUGUCUCAUGUUGGUCAUUCUACCAUUCAUACAUCAGUUUCCCCAAUCAAAUUGAACUCUGUGCUCUAUGUUCCUCAAUUAACUCAGAACCUGUUGUCAGUACAUCGACUUUGUCUUGACAAUAAUUGCUGGCUUAUAUUUGAUGCCUUUUGUUUUUGGAUUCAGGACAAAGCCACAGGGAGGAUCCUUUACAGAGGCUUGUGCAGUAAUGGACUAUAUCCUAUCCACUCCUUGUCCACUUCAAACUCACAGACACCUUCUCAAGCUAAGGCAUUUCUUGGCCAACUUGUUCAGUCUAAUCUGUGGCACCAUAGGUUAGGUCAUCCUACCAAUAAUGUUGUUUCUCUGAUGUUGAAUAAAGCUAAUGUUCAUGUCCCCAAAACCUCAUCCCCUAUGAUGUGUCAUACAUGUCUAGAAGGGAAAUUUAGCAAACUACCUUUUCCACAACAUCUCAAUAAGUCUGUCACUCCCUUUGAAACUAUCCAUACUGAUUUGUGGGGUCCUGCACCUUGUAUAUCAGUUGAUGGUUAUAGAUACUACACCAUCUUUGUAGAUGAAUGUACCAGGUAUUGCUGGAUCUUUCCAUUAAUCAACAAGUCUGAUUUGUUCUCUGCGUUUGUUGCCUUUUAUUCCUUUGUUGUUACUCAAUUUUCUGCCCCAAUUAAAAUUCUUCAAACUGAUGGGGGGGGAGAGUAUACCAGCAACAAAUUGAAAAAUUUUAUUCUUGAAAAGGGCAUUUCACAUCACCUCUCUUGUCCAUAUACUCCUGAACAAAAUGGGGUUGCUGAGAGGAAACAUAGGCAUAUCAUUGAAACCACUAUCACCUUAUUACAAACAGCCAAAUUGCCAUCUCAGUUCUGGUCCUAUGCUUGUCAAACAGCCACAUAUCUAAUCAAUCGUAUGCCUACUGCUGUUCUUCAUAACAAAUCUCCUUUUGAGAUGUUAUUUGGGAAAUAUCCAACCCUUGCUCACCUUAGAAUUUUUGGAUGUGCCUGUUUUCCUUUACUCAAACCAUAUAAUAGCACCAAAUUGCAGGCCAAAACUACAAAGUGUGUGUUUCUUGGGUAUGCCACCAAAUAUAAAGGGUAUUUGUGCUAUCAUGUGCCUACAAAGAGAGUGUUUGUUUCUAGGCAUGUUAUAUUUGAUGAAUGCCAUUUUCCCUACACAGAUUUAUUGCCUACACAUUCAAACACAUUCACAUCUACACAAUCAUGUCCACGUUCCAAUUGUCAUUUGCCUAUUGUUACUACCGAGAAUAUAGUUGUCCCAUCCAUUCCAGAUUCUACUCCUCCAAUUUCUGGUCUCCCUACACCUACUCCAUCACAUAUAUCUGCUUCAGUUUCCUUAACACAUUCUGCCUCCGAUUUUUCUGAAGUUUCUCCCAGUUCUCAGUCCAUUGCUGCUUCAAUUCCAGCCUAUUCUCCAAUCCCUGUGGCACUUGACAUCAGAUCUAGCUCUGGAUUAGAAACACAUGAUUUUACUCCUGAUACUUUACAAGUAGUGUUGUCCAUUCCUCCACUCAAUCUGCAUCCCAUGCAAACUAGAAGCAAGAGUGGGAUUAUUAAAAAGAAAGCUCUCUUAGCAAGUGUUCAGGACUCUGGGGGAACUGAUAUGUCCUUGGUUGAACCAGUUAGUUACAGGUCUGCCAUCAAAGUCCCUGUGUGGUUACAGGCCAUGAAAGAAGAAGUUAAUGCUUUACAUACUCAAGGCACUUGGAGUCUAGUUCAAUUGCCAACAAACAAGAACCUCGUUGGUUGUAAAUGGAUUUUCAAGAUUAAGAGACACUCAGAUGGGUCUAUUGCCAGACACAAAGCACGGUUAGUUGCUAAGGGCUUCAGUCAAGAACCUGGAUUGGAUUAUGGGGAGACUUUUAGCCCUGUGGUGAAGCCUACCACAGUUAGGUUAGUUCUUGCUCUUGCUGCUCAUUUCAAUUGGCCUCUUCGACAAUUAGAUGUCAAAAAUGCUUUUUUGCAUGGCAUCCUACAAGAGGAGGUAUACAUGUCUCAACCUCCUGGUUUUGAAGAUCCAACUCAUCCUCAUCUCGUGUGUAAACUGCAUAAAUCUCUAUAUGGGCUAAAACAAGCUCCUAGGGCAUGGAAUGAUCGGUUUACUCAGUUUCUUCCUUCUUUGGGUUUUGAAAACACAUACUCUGACUCCUCAUUGUUUGUUAAGCAUGUUGGUCAUGAGAUUGUGGUUCUGCUCCUCUAUGUGGAUGACAUCAUUAUAACUGGCAGUGCUUCUGGUGCAAUUACCCAGGUUAUUAGUGCUCUUACUACUGAGUUUGAUAUCAAGGAUUUAGGGUUGCUCCACUAUUUCUUAGGGAUUCAAAUCACUAAAACUGCCACUGGUUUGUUUCUGUCACAAACCAAAUAUGUUGCUGAUUUAUUGGUUAAAUCUGAAAUGUUUGAAGCUAAACCAUGUGAUACACCAUGCCUCCUUACAACCGGUUACUCAAAGAGGAUGGGGAACCUUAUUCCAAUCCUAAGUUGUAUAGAAGUAUUGUCGGGGCUCUACAAUACUUAA